AUGACGCGACUGAUACUUUCCACCUCCAAUAUCAUGACCGGAGGCCCUUCGAUCAUAAGGAAGCCUGGCGCAGAUCGGUCAAACCUUGAGCUGACAAAUUCCCUCCGAAGCAACUUUCUUGCUGCCCAGCAAGACUAUUCUCCUCCCUUAUCCGCGACGAAUGGCAGCGGCAGUCCUAGAAGCAGUUCUGAUGAAGACCUCCCUUCUCGCCGACCGCAGUCCUCAAUAUGGACUACACGAGAUGGCUCUGACUACUAUGUUCCAACAAUAGACUGGUCUCUUUCAGGCCUCUGUGAAGAGAGGAGUCAGUAUGAUAUCACAGUCAAACUGUUCUACUUGCACGGCGCACAUGUCAAGGAUCGGGCAAGGCACACCAAGGAUGCCAUAAGUCUGGUAUUGAAGGAACUGGGAGUGGAGUCUAUCGAUUUGCUCAUUGUAUCUUUUCCUGGAAUGUCGUUUGACGGAGACUGUGAAUGGGAAGCCGACAAAAAGAACUCGGCGCAAGGCAACGAUGAAGAAGAAAUAGCAUCUUGGCCAGCAAUCGAGGAACUUUACAACCAAGGAAUUGUCAAGAGGUUAGGCCUAUCGGAAUUUGGUAGUGAGAAGCUAGCUAGAUUCCUUGCGCGCGUACAGGUACGCCCACAGGUGGAUCAGGUCAACAUCAAAGAUUGCUGCAACGUCCCUCCACCUCUCCUGAAGUUGGCCAAGAUGGAGCAGAUCGAACUUCUUACGCACAAUGACUGCACGGAUAUAUUGCCCAGUGGAACGUUGAGAGAACUGCUGGGCCAAGGAAUUAGAGGAGCUGGCGUGCUGUCUGAAUCCAAGAGAGGCAUGGACGGGAUGAGAGGAGACCUUAACCCAGAGUGGGUUGUCAAAUACACAGCUGUUGUUCGCGACAGAGGCGUUAUCGAGAACAAGGGGUACUUUGCAGUUGCAGAGUUGAACGAAUGA